AUGACGUCGAUCAUUAAACUCCAUGCCGUAUCUGGGGCCAUGGAUGAAUCGCCUCCAUGCUACGUGCUGCAGGUUGAUGAUGUUCGUUUCCUGUUAGAUUGCGGUUGGGACGAAAAAUUUGAUCAAAGCUUCAUCAAGGAAAUAAAGAAGUAUGUGCAUACAAUCGAUGCUGUGCUGCUUUCCUACCCUGAUGGGUGUCACUUGGGUGCCUUGCCCUACCUUGUCGGCAAGCUCGGGCUCAAUUGCCCGAUAUACGCAACGAUCCCGGUGUAUAAAAUGGGCCAAAUGUUCAUGUACGACAUGUUCAUGUCGCACUACAAUAUGCACGACUUUGACCUCUUCUCGCUGGACGAUAUAGACACAGCGUUCGAUAAAAUUGUGCAGCUCAAGUACAACCAAAGCGUGGCCAUGAAGGGCAAGGGUUACGGCAUUACAAUUACUCCGUUGCCAGCAGGGCACUUGAUUGGUGGAACGAUAUGGAAAAUUGUAAAAGUCGGCGAAGAGGACAUCGUGUACGCAACGGAUUUUAACCAUAAAAAAGAACGGCACCUAAACGGCUGCGAACUCGAAAAGUUGCAACGCCCUUCCCUGCUCAUCACGGAUGCAUACAAUGCACGCUACCAACAGGCCCGUCGACGGGCUCGUGAUGAGAAAUUCAUGACAAAUAUUCUGCAAACUCUUCGCAACAACGGCAACGUGCUUGUGACGGUUGAUACGGCAGGUCGCGUGCUGGAGUUGGCACACAUGCUCGAUCAGUUGUGGAAAAACAAGGAGUCCGGUCUGAUGGCUUACUCGUUGGCCCUUCUCAACAACUUCAGCUAUAACGUAGUAGAAUUUGCCAAAAGCCAGAUCGAGUGGAUGAGCGAUAAGCUGAUGAAAAGUUUCGAAGGCGCGCGCAACAACCCGUUCGCCUUCAAACAUCUGCGGCUUUGUCAUACGAUGGCCGACCUGGCGAAGGUUCCCAGCCCAAAGGUAGUGCUCGCCAGUUCGGCCGAUAUGGAAAGUGGAUUUUCGCGAGAAUUGUUCCUCCAAUGGGCACCACACGCCAGCAACAGCAUCAUCAUCACCAGUCGAUCGUCACCUGGUACCUUAGCUCGCGAUCUAAUCGAGAACGGCGGAAACGGGCGCAAAAUCGAGAUGGACAUUCGGCGUAGAAUCGAGCUGGAAGGGGCAGAGCUGGAUGAGUUCAUGCGAACGGAAGGAGAAAAAAUGAAUCGGUCGAUAAAAAAGCGCGACUUGGAUGAAAGUAGCUCUGAUUCAGACGACGAGCUGGAAAUGAAUAUUAUUACCGGCAAACACGACAUCGUGGUUCGGCCGGAAGGUCGUUCGCACACUGGAUUUUUUAAAUCAAGCAAAAAACACUACGCAAUGUUUCCCUUUCACGAAGAAAAAAUCAAGUACGAUGAAUAUGGUGAAAUCAUUCAACCGGAAGACUAUCGUAUGGUGGAUCUAGUUCCUGAAACUAACGGGGACGACAAUAAGGAAAACAGCAUUAAGAUGGAAGAAAUCAAAAAGGAGAAAGAAGAUGAGGUAACUGCCCUCAACAGACCCACGAAAUGUGUUCAGGCACGUAAACCGAUCGAAGUGAACGCACAGGUUCAGUUCAUCGAUUUCGAAGGUCGGUCCGAUGGUGAAUCGUUGUUAAAAAUCCUAUCCCAGCUUCGCCCUCGACGGGUGGUGGUGGUUCGCGGAUCUCCCGCCAACACUUCGCACAUUGCAGAACACUGCCAACAAAACAUAGGGGCGCGCGUUUUCACUCCCAAUCGAGGGGAAAUAAUUGAUGCCACCACGGAGACCCAUAUUUAUCAGGUGCGUUUAACUGAGGCCCUCGUGUCACAGCUCGAAUUUCAAAAGGGUAAAGAUGCUGAACUAGCUUGGGUAGACGCGCAGAUUGUUAUUCGCAACAAGCGCAUUGACACCAUUGCCGAAAAGGAUGCUGGUGCGUCUGGCACGAUAUCUGCCAAUUCCGCCAGUAGAAUUACGUCCGAAACGAACGGUGCCGCGAUUGACUCAACGAUGGACGUGGAUGAACUGGACGUGGUGGAAGAUAAAAUAGAUAAACAGAUUCUCACGUUAGAGCCCUUAUCAGCCGAGGAUUUACCGCCUCACAAUCCGGUGUUUAUUAACGAGUUGAAAUUGAUCGACUUCAAACAGGUGUUAAUGAGAAGCAACAUUGCGUCCGAGUUUUCUGGGGGUGUUUUGUGGUGCAGUAAUGGAACUGUAGCCUUACGACGAGUCGAUACCGGACGAGUGACGAUUGAAGGUUGUAUCUCUGAAGAUUACUACAAAAUAAGGGACCUUUUGUACGAGCAAUAUGCUAUUAUUUAAUUGAUUGAUGGCUCGGAAAUGAAAAAAAAAACUUAUGUUUGUGGUCGGAAAUGAAGUUGUUGGAAAUAGAACGAACAU